AUGUCGCUUGUCAUUGCCCGCUCAGCCGCAAGCAAGAGGGGUCUCAGUGUGCUCUCGAGUACAACGAUCAUAUCAGACGUUGAGAAGAAAGCUACGAUAAGUGUUAAUGAGAAGCCUGUGGCAUCUGGGUUAGGUGACGAGUCACUUGGUGAUGCAUCCGAGCCCCGUCGCUUCUGGUUUCAGCGGUCCAAGAACUACAAUCCAAAUGCCAUCGCGACGCAACCAUCAGUUUUUGACGACCCAGAUCUUGCCGAGGAGUACAAGCCACGACCCGACUGGGAAAACAUACACCGGUUUGACCCAGCCGCGCGAUGGACAAGAGGUGAAGAAGAUAGCGUGCUUAAGAAGCUCGAUAUUCGCAUCAUGCUGUGGUCCUGUGUGAUGAUAACGGCGUUGGAGCUUGACAGAUCUAAUAUCCAGCAAGCCAAUGCGGAUGAUUUCUUGACCGACCUUCAUCUCAGCCGCGAUGAUUACAACCUGGGGAACACGAUUUAUAGACUGUGCUAUAUGUUCAGUGAGAUACCGGCACAAAUCAUCGGCAAAAAGAUAGGCGCCGACCGAUGGAUUCCUAUACAGAUGAUAUCAUGGUCGAUAGUGGCUAGUUGCCAGUUCUGGCUCUCUGGCAGGACGUCUUUCUUGAUAACUCGGGCUUUGAUUGGUGUCUUGUCGGGGGGGUUUACACCCACGAUGAUCCUCUACCUGUCAUACUUCUAUAAGCAUCAUGAGCUGUCUAUUCGUCUGGGAUUUUGGUAUGCAGCUUCCUCACUGGCGGAUAUCCUGGCGGCCAUCUUCGCAUACGGUAUUUUGCACUUAGGGGGUCGUGGUGGUCAAGCGGGCUGGCGAUGGCUCUUUCUGAUUGAUGGCCUUCUCACUUUGGCACUGGGACUUUUGUCCUUUGUCUUCCUGCCUCCCGGACCAACUCAAACCGCCAACUGGGCCCGAGGUAAGAAAGGCUGGUUUACAGAACGAGAAGAGGUUAUCAUGGUCAAUCGCAUUGUGCGCGAAGACCCUAGUAAGGGCUCAAUGCACAACAGGCAGCCCUUGACAGCAAAGCUUGUAUGGCUUAGCUUCAGCGAUUUUGAUCUUUGGCCGUUAUACAUCGUCGGAAUCAUGUUUCUCACACCUUGGACAACCGUCUCGCAGUAUUUCACACUGCAAAUGAAAGACUUCGGGUUUGAUACCUUCAAUUCAAUUCUCUUGUCCAUACCAUAUUGCGUCUUUGGGAUCGUCACACGAAUCAUUUUAACUUACUCGGGCGAGUACUUUGAGUCCCUCUCGUGGAUGGGAGUCAUAGCCCAAGUCUGGAGUCUACCAAUGAUGAUCUAUAUGAAUACAGUGGAUCUCAGUCAAACGAACAAAUGGGUUGUGUGGACUGUUCUCACCCUUUUCCUCAGUCUCCCAAGCGCUCAUGCACUUCAGGCCGGGUGGAUAUCCCGCAACUCGAACAGCGUGAGGACGCGAGCGAUUGCUGCUGCCAUAUACAAUAUGUCUGUCCAGUUGUCUGCUAUCAUAGCCUCAAACAUAUACCAAGAUGGGGAUGCACCGCGCUACGUUAUUGGCAAUCGUGUGCUUCUGAUUCUUGUGGGCGUCAACAUAGUGCUCUACUUUGCUACCAAGGGCUACUACAUGCUGCGGAAUCAUCAGCGCAAUAGACGCUGGAAUGGUAUGACAGAGGAACAGAAGGUCGAGUAUGUCGCGACCACCAAGGAUGAUGGGAAUAAAAGGAUGGAUUUCCGGUUUGCGCAUUGA